GGGGGAGGUGAAGGGAAACAGGAGUGAACGGUAUUGCGAAAUAGUCUAGAAACCAAUUCUCGCGGAGUGGAGGUGAAGAGUGGAAGGGGUGAAAGAUAUUACGAGAUUGAAAAGAAAUCUCGAGGAGCGAUGGUGCAGGGUGAAGGAGGUCCCGGGUAUUGUGAUGACGAAAAGAAAUAUCGCGGGCAGAAGGGAAGAAAGCAGAGCCCAGGACCGGGAUCAAAACAGAAUCUCGGGGAGGCUGAAUUGAAGCGAAAACAAUCAUCACGCGAGAAUAUCGCAGACGACUCGGCGGGUGGAAUUGUUGAGGAGGAGGGGGGCCGAUCGGUGGUGCACAACACCGAGGGUGAUGGCCUGGCGACGGGGAUCGUCUCGUCCAACCACGGUAAGCGACGUUUUUCAGUAUCUAAGGAGUAUUCCAAGCAGGGUGGAAGUGAUUAUCCCAAACUGCAAGUGGUUUCGGGUGCUGACAAAUUGAGCUGCACGGGUGUCGGCCGUGGGAGCUAG